AUGAUUCAUCGAGAACAACUUGAUGACUAUCACCCUCCGAAUACAGUUACAUUUGCUAGAGUCAAGGAAGAACAGCAGCAAUCAUCAUUGAACUAUCCAACUCGAACCAAUUAUCCAACCUUGAACCAUGAGAUGGAAGAGAAUGAAAAGCUUCAUCAAGGUGAUGAUGAUUCAUCCCCUCUUUCCGAAACCUACGAAAAUGCUCAAGAUUCAUCUCCCUAUGAUCAGGAUCAUCAUCAGGUACAUAACAACAACAACCAUACCACAACAACAACAACACGACCAUCAUCCCCAUCAUCCUCAUCAACAACACCACAAUCCAACUCUAUGAAUCCCAUUCUCAUCGUCAAACAGUUCCUUUCCUCUCUCAAUUCCUCUCAAUUGAAAUGGCUCUUUGGUUUGGGAAUGAAACAAUGGCCAUUAUUACUGAUCGGAACCAUCUCCAUGCUCAUCAGUACGGGUCUUUCUCUCGUGCUACCUCUCUUUUUGACUCAAUUAGUAGAUGUCAUUCCGAGUACCAUGAUGAACACAGAAGGAGCAUCUAAAGAAGGUCAAGCCUAUCUCAAUCGAGCUGCUCUCUAUCUAUUGGCCAUUGUGUGCGGAAUUGGUCUCACCACAGCCAUCAAACAUUUUUGUUUUAAUUUUGCUGGUGAGCGUGUGGUGGCCAAAUUGAGAAGAGAUUUAUUUGAGAAUAUUAUUGUGCAAGAUGUGAGCUUUUUUGAUGUGACCAAGACGGGAGAGUUGUUGAAUCGAUUGAGUUCUGAUACCAAAGCAUUGGAAAAUGCAGUCACUUCGAAUUUAUUCAUCUUUUUGAGAAAUAUGGUGCAAGCCAUUGGUGGUGUUGGAUUUUUAUUUUACACGUCGUGGAAAUUGACAUUGGUCACCUUGUCAGUGGUUCCUCCUCUCAUUAUUGGAGCUAUUAUUUAUGCGAAAAUUGUCAAGAAAUUAUCACGAAAAGUUCAAGAUGCAUUAGCUAAGAGUGCAGAAGUGGCUGAAGAGUCCUUUUCAAAUUUGAGAACAGUUCGAUCCUUUUCCAAAGAAUCCUUUCAUGUUUCUGAAUAUAACGCAUCGAUUGAUCAUUCAUUGAAAUUGUCCCGAAAAUUGGCCAUUUCAGGAGGAGUUUUUAGUGGAAUUAUGAUGUUUUGCUCGAGCUCAGCUGUCAUUCUUGUAUUAUGGUAUGGAGGAAGUCUUGUAUUGUCCAAAGAGAUUACCAUUGGAUUAUUGACCUCAUUCAUUGUUUACACGUUUUAUGUGGCUUCGAGUUUGGGAGUGGUGAGUUCCAUCUUUUUUGAUUUGAUGAAAGCCAUGGGAGCCACUGCAAGAAUUCAUGAAUUACUUUUACAACUUCCAGUCAUUGAGAAGAAACGAAACUUUCAUUCUGAUGAUGGUAACAAGAAAGAUGAAGAACCAAAUGAUCGAUUUGCAUCUCAAGCAUUCGAUCAUCCUCAUGAAAUUGACGGUCACAUUCAAUUUCAUAAUGUGAAAUUUUCAUAUCCUUCCAGACCAACUCAAAGCGUAUUGAAAGGUCUCGACAUUGAGUUAAUUCCCUCCACUGUGACAGCUCUCGUUGGUAAAUCGGGUCAAGGCAAAACGACUGUGGCUUCCCUUAUGCAACGAUUUUACGAUCCUACUGAGGGACAAAUUACACUCGAUGGAAUAGACAUUCGUGAGUUGGAUACGAGUUAUUUAAGGAAACAUAUUGGAGUGGUUCAACAAGAGCCAACACUCUUUUCAAAUUCGAUUCGAGAGAAUAUUUGUUAUGGAUGGGAAGAGUCAAAUUCGAAUUCUGGUUUGGAAGAGGGGAUGACCACUCGAAAUGGACCCACGUUGGAGAAAAUUCAAGAUGCUGCCAUGAAGGCCAAUGCUCACGAGUUUAUUAUGGGAUUCCCAGAGGGGUAUGAUACGUUGGUGGGAGAACGAGGAUUGAAAUUGAGUGGUGGACAGAAACAAAGAAUUGCCAUUGCAAGAGCCAUUCUCAAAAAUCCAAAGAUUUUGAUUCUCGAUGAAGCAACUGCCUCUCUUGACUCGAAUACUGAGUUCUUAGUUCAGGAAGCCUUACAACGAUUGAUGGAAGGAAGAACUGUGUUGGUCAUUGCUCAUCGUUUGUCCACCAUUCGAAAUGCACACCGGGUCUAUGUCAUUAAUGAUGGGAAAGUGGCAGAACAAGGAAAUCAUGAAGAGCUGAUGCAAUUGGGAGGAAUUUAUAAACGUCUCGUUGAAAAGCAAUUAAUUUCAGGAGAAAUUCAAUAG